AUGUCCUUAGACAAUGGGUUGCAGGACGUCCGCCGCAGGUUCAUGGACCACCUCAUCGCGGCGGCCGAGGCCUCCGUGCACACCAGUUCUGGCGUUCAACUUGUAUUCGUGGCGGAGGAUGUUGUUCAAUGGGGUGACGGCGGCCUGGGAAACGCCGAAGAGGGCGAAGACGAUGGCGGAAGCGAGCAUGUAUGA